AUGGCUGUCAUUGUAUUGCUUCGGCUCUACGAUGGAAAAUCCCUUCCUGAAUGGCCGUACGGCAUAACCAUUAACUCGGUUCUGUCAUGGAUCACGCAAAUUUUAACUUCGUGCAUCGUCGGAGCAGCUGCACCAUGCCUGAGUCAAUCUAAGUGGAUUCAUUUCAGCACUGGUUACAGGCCACUUGCGGAGAUGGACACAUACGACUGGGCCAGCCGAGGACCGCUUGGCUGUGCGGCGUUUAUAUGGAUAUCGAGAAUGAAACGUUCUGCUGCAGUUGGCGCCAUUAUCACGAUCUUGUCUAUCGGUGUGGGGCCUUUCGUACAGCAGAUGGCCACUGUCAGAAACCAACUUGUACCAUCUAGCAUUCCUGCGUCUAUGCCCCGAGCAGGGUCAUAUCAAGUCAUGGCCCAAAGAACUUCAAAUCAAGAAGCAAUGGGUUGGGAGAUUAAUGAAGAGUCGAUCGCUAUCUACAAUGCCGCGCUUGGCCAGUCAAACACUUCCGCAAGAGUCAAGCCUGAUUGUCCAACAGGCGACUGCGACAUCCCUCCUUUUCGAUCACUUGCUCUUUGCUCCCAUUGCAGCGAUGUCUCACAUCUACUGUCUUCCAGCUCCAACCCGGUACCCUGCUACACAGACUACAGUGUAUUCAAUCAUUCUUUACCCACUGGGCUUAAUCUCAGUUAUACGAAUAUACCGUUUUUUUCCACGAACUCUGGGUCUGUUUCAACCGGCGCCAAUAUUGAGGGUUACCGUGAUGAGUACCUGCCUCCUAGAUCGAGAAGCUUUUGGCUAAAUGCGGUCCUGAACCUUACCACAAUUCGUGUCGCUGGGGUUGCAAACCUUUCAGACGCCACUGCUUCCCAUUGCUCGUUAUAUUGGUGUGUCAAAACCUAUUCAGGUGGGGUGAAAGGCGGUCAGGCAUACGAGACAGUGUUAGAUACAUAUUAUGAAGCUGAGGCUACAUAUCCAGUUACAUUUCGACUUCCAGCCAAAACAAAUUUACCAGCAGCCAAUUUCACCGUCCAUGAUGAAGGAAAAGGAGGUCUCCAAAGAUGGCUAGCAGAUAAGUUUGAGUUCAGGACUGGAUUUGAUUUGUCUUGUAUUCAGGAUUGGGGGAACUCUGAAACUUUGGUUUCCAUCGAAAGCGGUCCAUCCACUACUGAGUUUACCCAACCCUUUAUAAGCUUCAAAACGCCUGAUCUAUUUGCGAGGAUUGCCGAUGGAUUGACCGCCCAUGUGCGGACGGUACAACCGUCAGUCGAAAGCGCAAAAAUGGCAGGAGGCACGAGGUCUUCAACAGAACAUGCCCUCGGCAAAUCCUGGGUCAUGGAGACCCAAAUCCAUAUUCGAUGGGUCUGGAUAACACUGCCCGCAUUUUUAGUUCUAUUGACAAUCACUUUCCUUGUUAUGGUCGUCUUGCAAAGCAAACAAAGAAGGCUAGAUUUAUGGAAGUCGUCGAGUCUCCCUUUAUUGUACCUGCCAGAGAUGGAUCAAAACAUUCAGCAAGAUAUGCGUCUACUAGGGGAUCCGGUGCAGGUGGGAAGCCUUUCAAAGAAAAUACGCGCAAUGCUUUUGAAAGAUGAUUCCACAAGCGACACGUGGCAGCUGCACUCGGUGGAUAAGUUAGCUCAUUGA